GCUUUUACAUCUAUUUUAAGGAUUUCAGGAUCAAUUUUGGUUAUUGUUGUAAAGAAAAACGUUCAUUAAUAUAAAAGAAGAAGUCGUAAGGCGUCUUUUUUGGAGCAUUAGAAUUUAAUUGAGCUUUUUAAGAAUCCGCAACAUCUCAUGGCAGAAGAAACGGCGGAGAUCCUUGAGCCUACGGCAUUUUUAUUUCCAGAUGAGAAGGCUUCAAAUCAAUUAGUAGAGGAAGCCAUUGGAUACUUCUCAGCCGUCAAACUUCCUUCUUCUAGUCCUAUCCAGAAAAUCAUAACCAAGAAUCUUGAUGCAUGGCAAGUUUAUAACCAGCUGGCAAUUGCUGCAAAGUAUACAUUAGACGAACUUCCGGACCUAGAUAUCGAGGAGGAAAGCCCAUCAGAUGGAGAGAGUUAUGCUUCUGAAAACCCCCAGGAUGAAAAUCAACUAGAAGUAUCAUCACCUGAAAACCCAGCUGAGGGUGAAGAAAACGAAGAUGAUGAAUUUUUAGGAUUUUCUGAUAGGGAAGGUGAAGAAGAAGGGCACUCAGAUGAAGAAAAUAUUGAGGAUGAAGAUGAAGACAUGGAAGCUGAUAAUUUCGAAGUAGAAGAAGAAGACGAACAAAUACCAGAGGACCAAGAGCCUAAAAAAGAUGCGUUUGGAUUGAACGAUAAGUUUUUUGACAUAGACGAAUUUAACAAGCAAACUGUUGCUUUAGAAGAACAGGAUGCUGAACAGAAUCGUGAAAUUGGCGAUGAAGAAGAUGACGAUAUUGAUUUGUUUGUUGAUCCUGAAGAUGAUGAGGAUGAAGAAGGAGGCCCUCGUGCUGAUUCUGUCUUAUACGAAGACUUUUUCGGACCGAGGUCUGCGAAAGGACGACGCGAGGUUAAGAAGAAGAACAAGCGUGAUGCUGAAGCUAAGAAAAAAACAAAGACAAAGCGAGUAGCAGAACCUGAGGAAUCAGACGAAGAAGACGAGGAACCUGAAAAUGAUGAAAAUACUUUUGAUCGCGUCAGAAAAGAUUUGUUUGCUGAUGAAGAAGAAGAAGAGCAUGAAGGUUCUCAGCAACUUCUCUCUUCGUAUGAACGAGAUAAAGCUCGAAUUAGUCAACAGAUUAAAGAUUUGGAGACUGAAAAUGUUGCCAAAAAGUCUUGGACAAUGGCUGGUGAGGCUACAUCUAAAAGCCGUCCUUCGAACUCACUGCUUGAUGUUGAUUUAGACUUCGAAACCGGUGCGAAACCCGUUCCCGUACAAACUGAAGAAACAACAUCUGAAUUGGAAGAUUUAAUCAAAAAUCGUAUUAUCAAUAAGAAUUUCAAUGAUGUACCUCGUAAAGCACCAAGCUCACUUCCGGAAUUCCGUCCAAGCGAGCUAUUCGAACUUGAUGAGAAUAAGCCUCAGCAAUCUCUUGCUGAUAUCUAUGAGGAACAGUAUAUGAAGAAAGCAAAUCCCGAUAACUAUCAAAGUGCAGCUGACAAGAAAACCCAGAAUGACCAUGAGGAGAUCAAAGCAUUGUUCGAAGACGUUAGUUACACCUUGGAUGCUCUUUCUUCUUGGCAUUAUAUUCCCGCCCCUGCUGAAGCAAAUGUCCAAGUUGUAUCUAAUGCUCCUACACUGGCCAUGGAAGAAGCUCAACCUACCGCUUCUUCUGAUGCCAUGGCUCUGGCUCCCCAAGAAGUUUACCAACCUUCUGUGGAUAAUCGCCAAGGGGAGACUAUCGAGCGCUCUGGUAUUGCCAUAUCAAAAGCUGAAAUGGAUCACACUGAGAAGCAAGCUCGCCGCAGAAGAGUCCGUCGCAAGCACGCUGAAAGACGUAAAGCGUUGGGUGAAAAGAGACGCGGUUCUGACAAGGAACAAGUUGUGCGUCAAUUAUCCCGUGCUGAUGUUCAAGUCAUUGGUGCUGGUGGUGAACGCAAAAAAAUAUCUUCUCAAUCUAAGAGCAAACCUGCUGCUGUGCAAUCAUCUAAUCAACUUUUGCUUUAGGAAUAAUGUUUUAAUGGGUUUUUAUCUGCAUUUCAUACAAAAUGAUUGUUUGGAAUAUAGGGAAUUUUGUUUUUGGACUUUACAAUUGGGUCGUGGUGACAUAGUAAUUAGAAUUUUAGGGCUAAAUAGGCUAAAUAUAAUAUGUUAUAGUAUUGAGGUUUACUGUAUGUAAAUUCAUUCAUUCAUACCACU